GGAGGCCGUCGUGAUCCCAGCCGGCUUGGCGUAGGAGCGGCAGGCCCAGCUCGGCGUCCUUCAACACCAUGAGCUGGCCCGGCGAGGAAUGGAAGGUAGGGCUGCCAGCCCGGGCCUUGCGGGCCAUCACCGAAGUGGAACAACGCCUGGAGCGUUUGCAGAAGGAACGGCAGCAGAAGCAGGUGCAACUGGACACGCUGGAGGCCAUGAUGCACAAGCAGCGGCAGAAGCACGAAGAAGAGAGAACCUCAUGGGUCCUUCUCUCCCAGCAGAACCGGAGCUUGACUGACGCUUGUGAGCAGAUGGAGCGUGGCCGCCAGCGCUUGGUGCAGGAGCUGCAAGCGAAAGAAACCCAGCUGAGCUGCCUGAAGGCUCAGCUAGCACAGGCAACCCGCCGCCAAGCAGAACUCGAAGAAGAACUGCGCAGGUGCCAGCUAGAACUGGAAAAGCUGCAGUCUCAAUCCCAUCCGGCUCUCCCGCCUCCCCGCUGGGGUUCCCCCACGCCGUGGGCCGAAGGUGGCGUUGAGCUCAAAGCGGAGCCUAGCAAAAGCCUUGAAGCGGGAGCAAACAAGAUUCAGCGCAGCACUUCUGCACUUGGGGGUCCCUGGGAGAAGGAGAUCCCGCAGCAAGGAAUGGCUUGGCCUGGCGCCCUACCUGGGAACCCCGUUCCUACAGAGAACGGCGAGGAAGCCCGGUCGUUGGCAGCAGAACUGGCAUCCGCAGGAGAGAGGCUAAAGAAAGAUAACCAAGAGCUGAGGCUGGCACUCGCCAAAGCAGAGACCAGGACCCAAGAGAAGGAACGGGAACUUUGGAACAUGCAGGGGCAGCUAGAGCUGACCAGAGCCGAACUGGCUCAGUGGAAGAAGCAGCGUGGAGGCCAGGCUGAGGUGGCCCCCCCAGAAAAUAGAGGAAGGCGGCUGUCGGAGGACGUGGGUGCCCACCGCCGAAGCAGGGACCAGCAGAAGGGCCUGUUGGGACUGGAGAGGGUGCCUUCCGGUGGGAGCCGUCGUAGCGUCAGCUCCUCUCGCUUGGAACAGCUGGCUGAGAAACGGGGCGCCCCCAGCAAACAAAAAGGGUUUGCUUUAUUGAGUCCCCGGGCCCCGAGUACCGAGCAGGGUCCCCGGGAGGAGUUGCAGGCCCUCCGAGCUGAGGUUUUGACCCUCCAGCGGCGACUGGACGCUUCAGAAAGCCAACGUAAAAGCCUCCUUGAGACUUGCUGGCAGCAGCAGAAGCCCCGGGCCUGGGCCCAAGAGGGACAGGGGCCACUAAACCAGCAAAGGAGAGAAGGUUCCCAAGGUCUCCAAGGUGAUGGCCAAGCUGGGUUCAAAGAACGGGACUUUGGAAAAGGAGAGGACUCGGUGGCAGGGAAGGUUGAAGGCAGCGGAGGAGCGUCUAAGAAGGAGCUGGAGGAAAAGUCUAAGCUGCGAGUCUCCGAGGUAGAGGAGUCCCGAGCGGGAACGGAUAUCCUGGUCCCGCUCUUAGCUGAAGCAGAUGGCUUCACCGAGCCCCAUGUUUUGGCCCGAGGAACGGCUGAUGCUGAGGGGAAGCCUGAGCCUGAGAGGAACGUGGAGGCUUUGCGAGAGGACCUCCGGAUCUUAGCGGCCGGGAAGGCCAAAGCUGAGGCCCAGGCCGGCUUGGCCCAGCAGAAGCUUCAAAGCCUGCAGGCCACGCUGGGGCGACAGACGGAACGCUUGGCGGAAGCCAUGGAAACCCAAAGCCACCACGUGGAAGAGCUGCUGGCGGACGUGGAGGAAAAAGACCGGAUCAUGAACAGCCUGCGCUGGGAGUUGGAAGACGCCAGGAAGGACUUUGAUAUGGCCAACGCUAAGGCCCAGAGGCUGCGGACACUGCUGGGGCAGAGGGCGGAGGAGCCCCAUGGAGCCAGCCCCACACAUGCCUUGGAGAUGCUCCCCGGCAGCGACACCACAGAGGUCCCCGUGGCCCAGGCACAGGACGACGGACGAGCAGAACAUCCCCAGGGAAAGAAGGAGAUGCAGCUGGGAGUGCAGGAUCAACUGGAGAACUUCCUUGCCCAGCUUCUGCGGGAAAACCAGACCCUGCGUGAGGAACUGGCACACUGGAAGACACGGGAAAGAGAAGGCGUCGAUGCCCUAGGUCCUCUUGAAUCGGUUUCUUCAAGAAACAGCGGAGAAGUGGAAACUGUUCUUGAAGCCACCCAGAAGAGGGAGCCCCUGUUGCAGGGGAACCGGAGAAACGUCCAGACCCAAACCGAGGACGGUCAUCGUCGCCGGGAACGUGUGUCCGUUGCUUUUGAUGACACUCAGUAUGAACCUUACGGGCUUCCCGAGGUGGUCAUGAAGGGAUUUGCCGACAUCCCUUCCGGUCCUUCUUGCCCUUACGUUCUUCGCCGAGGCAUCCUGGGAAGCGCCCCCGUGGCCCAGCUGGCUCCAAGAGCGGAACCAGAAGAGGAUUCCCCUGAGGUGGAAGAAGGGACGGGCGUCUGAGAACACAGCCCCGCCAGUUUCCCAAUCGCCCCAGCGCAAGCCGUCUUCGAUGCGUCGUUGGCCCUGUAGUGCGCCGUGGUGGCGCCCGGUCCUUUGCCACCUGCGCCGACGUUUCCGUGCCACAACCGCCGGAAAGAUCACCAGCCACGGCAAAUGCCACCCCCUUCUACCGCCACCCGUGGUCUGUUUUGUUUGCUCUCCGCCUGCUGCCCGCGGUCCUGAUCUGGAAGGAGAUGUGCUGGUUUCUCCAGUGGAUCGGUUUAUUGUGCAUUGGGAUGCUCUUCUCGGUUCUUUGCAAAGAUCUGCAAGUUUGAGAACGGCGCCGUUGCUAUGAGGCUGAAGAAGGCAUCUCAGCCUCACCCACCCACCCACCUCCUUCCACUUACAAUGUGCAGAGGGUCCUCCUUUUUUUAAAAAAAAAAUACACGAAUGAGCAAGGCGAUUUGGGGCACAUCAAUUGGAAGAAACUGGAAAGGGGGGCCGGAAUUUUCCCUCCCAGGUUUUGCCACCUCUUGCUUCUCAUUGGAGGAACACAUCUUUCCACAGGAGCUGUCACUAUUUGACAGCCAAUCCUAAACCCCGUUGCUCUGGUUUGAUUUUUUCAAGUAACCAACCACAAAGAGGAUUGAAC